UUGUUUGAUAGCUGUGUGUUUUGGGAUCAUUGUUCGCAUGAACUAAGCCUUCAUCUCCCAUUCGACUCUUGGAUACUUUGCUUUACUGCAAGAGGACCGUCAUGUUGCCAGUAGUGGUGGUCCAUGGGGGGGCAGGUCACAUCCCCAAAGAGCGCUCAGAACGGUCCACCUCCGGAGUAUGCGCUGCAGCGCGGUCAGCAUAUGCAGUCCUGAAGGGAGGGGGCAGCAGUAUGGAUGCUGUGGUGGAGGCUGUGACACUACUGGAGAAUAAUCCAUCUUUUAAUGCAGGCUGUGGCUCAGUGCUGAAUGUCAAAGGAGAGGUGGAGAUGGAUGCCCUGGUGAUGGAGGGGAAAACGCUGAGCAGCGGAGCGGUGUCUGCAGUCCGCAACAUAGCUAACCCCAUUCAGCUGGCCAGGCUCGUCAUGGAGAAGACCAGCCAUGCAUGUCUGACGGCUGAAGGUGCCAGCCGGUUUGCUCGCUCCAUGGGUGUCCCUGAGGUGCCUCUGGAGUCCCUCAUCACCGACUACUCCCGCAUGCGCUGGAAAAAGAACCUGGCACCGGACGCCAACCCUGUGGAGUGCCAAAUGGGGAAGAUGGGCACAGUUGGAGCGGUGGCGGUCGAUGGCGAUGGCAACGUGGCGUGUGCAACCUCCACCGGGGGAAUGCUGAACAAGAUGGAGGGCCGGGUGGGUGACACCCCCUGCAUAGGCAGUGGAGGCUACGCUGACAACAUGUCGGGAGCGGUGUCGACUACAGGCCACGGAGAAGCCAUCAUGAAGGUGACGCUGGCGAGGCACAUCCUCUUCCACAUGGAGCAAGGCCAGUCAGCUGAGGCUGCCAGUGAUUUGGGCCUGGCCCACAUGAAGUCCAGAGUCGGGGGGCUGGGAGGGGUCGUGACCGUUGACCCACGGGGCAACUGGGCCGCCCGCUUCUCCAGCCAGCAAAUGGCGUGGGCCGCUGCGCAGAAGGAUGUGCUGCACUAUGGCCUCUACACGGGAGAACACUUCACCCAAGUCAUCGACGCUCAAUGACACCAAGUACUGCGGCCUGUUCGGGCGGUUCGAGCUAAAAAAAAA